UUUAGAAGUUCGUUUCGCGUCCGUUUUCGUUGCUUCGAGUGAUUCGUCGUCCGAGGAAGGAGGAGGAAGGCGAUUACUGAGACCUCGAUCUCAUUCAUGGCGGGGCGAUACGAGAGAAAUCCCUUCGACGAGGAGGAGGACGUCAAUCCUUUUGCGGAUUCUGGUGUCCGUGGAAGAGCAGCUGGGUCAAGUUAUGGAGGAGGGCCAUUUUACAUGACAAACAACGGAGGUGCUCUUCCUUCAUCAAAUUCUAGACUUUCACCUCUUGCUUCAGGGGUUGCUGAUUUUCGUGCAACAAUUGAUAUUCCUCUUGACACAGAGAAGGAUCUGAAGAGAAGGGAGAAGGAGCUUCAAGCUAGGGAAGCAGAAUUAAAUAAGAGGGAAAAGGAACUCAAAAGGAGGGAAGAUGCCGCAGCCCGGGCGGGUAUUAUCAUUGAGGAGAAAAAUUGGCCAUCUUUUUUCCCUAUCAUUCACCAUGAUGUUGCAAAUGAAAUACCAGCCCACUUGCAAAGAAUGCAAUAUUUUGCAUUUGCAUCAUUAUUAGGUUUAGCUGGAUGUCUUUUUUGGAAUAUCAUAGCAGUAACAGCAGCAUGGAUAGUGGGAGAAGGUGUCAAGAUCUGGCUCCUUUCCAUCAUUUACUUCAUCUCUGGGGUUCCAGGUGCAUAUGUCCUGUGGUAUCGGCCUCUUUAUCGCGCCAUGAGGACUGAUAGUGCUUUGAACUACGGAUGGUUUUUCCUGUUUUACUUGCUUCACCUUGGCUUUGUUAUAUAUUCAGCUGUGGCUCCUCCAAUUAUUUUCCAUGGGAAAUCAUUGGCUGGCAUUCUUCCAGCUAUAGAUAUUGCUAGUGUACAUGCUGUUGCUGGGAUCUUCUAUUUUAUCGGCUUUGGAUUGUUCACUGUUGAAUCACUGCUCAGUGUCUGGGUUAUACAGGAAGUGUAUGCAUACUUCCGGGGGAGCGGAAAAGCUGUAGAAAUGAAGCGCGAGGCGACACACGGUGCUAUGAGAGCUGCAAUGUCGUCAAGCAUAUGAAACCCCGGUCAACAUGCGUUAAUUGUUAGAUGAACUGAGAUUACAGCAAUGAUCAAGCGAUAGCUUGCAUUCUUAUCUUCUUUGUUCAUUCAUUGUAUUUUGAGGUGUUCUUGUAGUUCCCAUAUCCGAGGAUGUAUUUCGAGUCAUCUUUAUGAACUCUAUCCCUUAUCCCCCAAUUGCAUUGUCACCCCUUUUUUAGCUUGACAUUUUAUUCAUUAAGGAAAAGUAUAUCAUAAUAGUUUCUCAAA